CCCUAUGGAUGUAAGCAAUGUGGGAAAGCCUUCGCUGAUUCAAGUGCCCUUCGAUAUCAUGAAAGAACUCACACUGGAGAGAAACCCUAUAAAUGUAAGCAAUGUGGUAAAGCCUACUUUUUUUCCAGUUCCCUUCGUGGUCAUGAAAGGACCCACACUGGAGAGAAACCUUAUGCAUGUAACAAAUGUGGGAAAUUCUUCACUUGUGUGAGUAACCUUCGAUAUCAUGAAAUAACUCAUGGUGGAGAAAAACCAUAUGAAUGUAAACAAUGUGGAAAAGGCUUUACUCAUGCCUGUUAUUUACGAAUACAUGAAAGAAGUCACACUGGAGAGAAACCCUAUGCAUGUAAGCAAUGUGGGAAAGCCUAUACUGAUUCAAGUGCCCUUCGAUAUCAUGAAAGAACUCACACUGGAGAGAAACCCUAUGCAUGUAAGCAAUGUGGUAAAGCCUACACUAAUUCCA